GCUCGAGUGAUCUGUGGAGGGGGUGAAGAUCUGGAGGUGGGGGUAGCAAAAGGCGCGAUGAGAUCACAGGCUCAGUUGCCGUGCGACUGUCGAGAGACGCACUGGCGGUGUCGACGGACGCGCGAUAGUUUCCCCAGUUUAAGUCUUUGCGCUCAGCUGGUUCACGGGGUAUUCCCUCGUUCUCCAUCAAAGGAAGCUCGUGAAGGGAAACUCGAUUGGUUCGCUUCGCCGCCGGACAGUGACCCGCAGUGAAAAGGAGAAAAAAAAACCGAGAGAAAAUAGUUUCGCUCGACAUAACCAUCUUCGGGGGUAAGGGACGAAGAGGCGCGGAGGAGGAGCAGAGGAGAAGAGGAAGAGGUGGAGAAUCCCGAUUUAAAUCUCCGACCGCAGAAAGCCAUUAAUACCGUCAGGUGCACGCGGUCCACGCAUACGUACACGGCGUAUCACAUAACACACGGACACACAUCCACCGCCCUAUGCGGGAAUGGAGUCUCACCCCCGUGCGCGCAGUUGAGCGAUGAUCGCGCGCGAAUCGGUCGCGAGGAGCGCGUCGCCGUGUCUUUCGCCUGAUGCAUCGUCGGACCGCAACACUGGCGUAAGACCGCCGAUCGUGUCACCGGCGUGUACCCGCUCGUGGACGACGAACAGUUCCGGACGGUAGCGACCGACGAUCCGGGAGAAGAAAGGAUUAAGUGGAGAACUCGACGUGGGUGAAGAAAUGAUGCGGGGUGCGUGCCCGUGCUCGCCUCCGCCGUCGUCAGUGCGACAUUUACGCGGUGAAUGUCAUUCGAAUGUGCGUGCGUGUAGUGUCACGAGCCUGUGAGAAGGGGGUGAAGGUGGAGAAAACCGCGUGAUAAAAAUAUAUAUAUAUAUGUACGUGAUACAUUAUUGACAGGUGCGUUUGUUGCUUGAUGGUCGCUGCUGCUUCAAUUUUUGAUCAGCGUGUGUUUUUCGGAGUAUAAUAACGGAAGGAUCUCGGCGGACCUGCAAACGAACGAAGAGUGCAGGAGUGAAGGAGAAACACAGUGUGAAAUUACUAUUCGACGCGUGUGAAGUUACUCCGUGAAAACUCCGCCUCUCCAGGUAGCCAUGGAUAGAAAGUCGAGGAUCAUCAGCCACCGCACGCAGAUCGUGAUAAUGAACCUAUUGCUGCUCUGCACCGCACCUAUCGGAGCGUACACCGACGAGACACAGAUGGACACACAUGAGGGCUCGACGGUGCAGUUGCAGUGCCGGUUCCCACCACCGCGGGAAAACGUCACGUGCUUUUGGCUAACCCACACGAAUAACAACCUCGACAACGCGGCGAUCGAGAACCGCUCGCUGUCGCCGAACUACAAGGUUUUCAUGAACUUGCAGGAGGGUCGUUACGACCUGCAGAUCAGGAACGUGUCCUACGAGCGCGACAACGGCAAGUAUGAAUGCAGGGUGAAGGUCAGUAGUACCGGCGUCGACCUCCACAGGAAGUACAUUACCCUGACGGUGCUGAGAGCACCGGGUCAGCCGAUGAUAUCGCCGACCUCCGCAUUGGCCACGGAAGGCAAGAUACUGGAGCUGGCGUGCAACACCACCGGUGGCAGCCCCGAGCCAGAAGUGAGAUGGUACCGUGGCAGCAAUACCACCCUCCUGCACACCGGCAAGACUCUGAUAAUCCAGCCUACGCGGGAGGAUGAUCGGGCAGUUUUCCGGUGCGUCGUGAGAAAUCGAGCGAUGCGCGAGGGUGAGACCCUGAACGCCUCGGUGACGCUCGACGUCAACUACUUCCCACGCGUCUCCGUUGGCCCAGAAAAUCCGCUCAAGGUCGAGGUGAACGGCACCGCGAUCCUCAAAUGCCACGUAGAUUCGAAGCCGAGGGUCAGCAUGAUACGCUGGUGGCGGGGCGGUGCUACGGGCGGGGCCUACGUCGCCACUAACUUCGAGCAUGUGAUACCUAAGGUGACGCUACAGGACUUUGGCACGUACAGCUGCCAGGCUGACAAUGGGCUCGGUAGGUUCGUCGAGGCCCCUUUGAUCCUGGACGUGCUCUAUCCACCCACAGUGUCCAUCGAGGGUGAUACUGUCAGAGUAGCUGAUGUGGAGGACAGUAUAACCGUCCACUGCAACGUGUCUGCCAAUCCGAUGCCGUCCGUGAUCGAAUGGCUGCGGGAUGGCCGACCAGAAUUUAGGCAACCAGGUUCAAUUCUGCGAUUGACCCGUGUCACUUCGGAACACGCUGGUAACUAUACCUGUCGCGCGGUGAACACGAUUUAUCCAACCGGCGGUGAACGCAGGAACCAUUCAGCCUUUUCCACCGUUACGAUCCGUGUGCGGCACAAACCCGGCCCGGCUAGAGUGACUCCGGAUUCACCGGUCGCCGUCGAGGGUUCGCGGGUGAUACUCACGUGCAUGGCCAGUCCGGCUGGUUACCCCGAGCCGCAGUACAAAUGGUGGAAGGUAGGCGAGGGUGGCUCGAUUCAGGUGCCAGCACCAUCCGGCCCGAAAUACGAGAUCGACUCGGUGCACCUCGGUAGCGAGGGCACCUACAAAUGCUACGCCAUCAACGAGAUCGGCAUCGGUGAGGCCGCGUCGGUAAAUCUUACUGUUCACCAACCGCCGAAGAUACUCACCAAGCUGCAGCCCCAUGUCACGAGAAAAGUCGGCGAGUCGUCGUUCCAAGUAUCCUGCGUAGCGCAGGGCAAACCGCGGCCUAGCGUGCGCUGGCUGAAGGACGAUCAAGAAUUAACGGCCGACGAGAGGCUCUACAAAGUAAUUACGACGGCGUCGGAGGGCCAUGGUAACGUAAUAACCGUAAAUUCCACGUUGAGUUUUCUGGGUCAUGCUCGUCCGCAGACCGAUGAAAUCGUGGCGGGCGAUCGCGGUAAAUACACCUGCGUCUUUGUGAACGAGGUGAAGAAAGUCGAGUCUACGAUGAUGCUCAAGGUAGAGCACGAGCCCAUAGUUCUCCAUCAGCACGGCAAAGUGGCUUACAAUCUCCGAGAGACCGCCGAGGUUGCCUGCAAGGUUCAAGCAUGGCCAAAGCCCGAAUUCCAGUGGAGUUUCGGUACCAACGCCGCGACUCUUCAGGGUUCCUCCAGCGACGGUCACUACGAGAUUACUACCACUAGCGAUAACUACGAUGCGUAUACAUCCGUCCUAAGAAUGACCAACAUCCGCGAGUCCGAUUACGGUGACUAUACUUGCCGCGCCGCCAAUGCUCAAGGCAGUGUCACGUCCACUAUCAGAUUGCAGCCUAAGGGAGCGCCAGAGAAACCAAUCAACAUCACCGCCAUGGAGAUCGGACCCACAUACGUCACCCUUUUGUGGCAACUGGGUUUCGACGGUGGCCUGCCCAUCACAAAGUACUUUGUUUCGUAUAGAAGAGUGGCCGGUGGUGACGAAAUAGUCGCACCAGACUGUGCGCCUCCUCGAGGACCGAUCGGUCAAUGGCUCGAGCUCGAUUGUCGGCGAUCGAACCCGUGCAACGUGUCCAAUCUGGAGCAACAUCAAACUUAUACCUUCAAGGUGAAAGUCUAUAACACCAAGAACCAUUCCGAUUAUUCCGAUGAAGUAACCGCCACCACGGCGGUAGCCAAAAUACCCACACCGCUUAGAGUUAGCUUUGAUCCGGAAAGUAGUACGCUUGCUAUUAACGUGGGUGCCACAUGUUUGGCGUUGGUAGCAUCUAUCGAGAAGUUUGACGGAGGCUCGGAUAGUUCAUGGCGUAUCGUCGACGAGUGGCCCCUCGAAGUUCUCGGAAGUGCGCCUACUCAAAGAGAGGGAGUAUUGGACGAUCCCGAAGCGGCCGACUCGGAACCUCGACUGAGAGUUCGAUUGUGUCUCAAAGCCGAUCGGCAGAAAUGUGGCGAAUAUGCUGAAGCCGAAAUUGGACCAUCCUACAUUGCACAAGCUGGUUCUCUCGGAACGCCGACUUUAAUCGCUCUGAUAGUGAGCGGAGCAGUUUUUCUACUGUUCGCGGCCCUGUUGUUAUUGUUUUGCCGAUGCCGACGGAAACACGCGACGAAGGCGAAAGAUUAUGAAAUGGACACGAACGCCGUCCGGCCGAGCCUCGUAGCAGGUAAUGGCCAGCAAAGCCAACCACCGCCACCGUAUUAUGCCGAGAACAAAGCGCUGGAACACAGCCUGGAUCACGCCUUGGCUUUGGAAGAUUCAAAGACGCCCGCUUAUUCACAGUCUGGAUACGGUUAUCAUCAACCCAAUCACAAUAUCAACGGUGUAAACAUGGGCUACAUGGACAACAGUUAUUCGAAUUCCAACAACGGCGGUUCCGUCAAUUCGCAGGACUCCAUAUGGCAGAUGAAAUCCGCCGCUGCAAACGGCGUUAACCAGCCGUACGACCUUGCUGGAUAUGGUACCACGGAGUCCGAUUACCCCACGCACCCUCAUUAUCUCCCGCAGCGAGAGGAUUACAGGGAGAGCCAUAAUCUGAGUCGGCAGCAGUUCUGCACGGAGCCCUUCGCCACCGUCGUCAAGUCUCAGAAACACGUCGAUUCGCCUUACGACGUGUCAGGUUUGCCGUACCAGGAGAAUUACGACGAGGACACGAAGCCGCCGCAGCAGCCCAGCCUCUCGUACGACGAGAGCCUCGAGUCCGGCUAUUCAACGCCGAACAGGCGUAGAAUCAUUCGGGAAAUAAUCGUUUGAGACCUGC